UCUCACAAGAAAUGAAGGUAGCAAAGUGUAAAUAAAAAAACGGUGAAACCAUUAACUUUGACUCCGUCCAAUCUCUCUCACGCGUUCCAUUUCCCUUCAUAUAACAUUUUCCCCUUUCUCUCUCUAUCUCUCUCCCACCCACUCUCUCUCCCCCUCUCUCUCUCCUCACCGGAGAGAUUAUUCACAUCCAUUAUUAUCCCCAUCAAUCUUCUUGAUUGAAAAUUCUUUUUCCCCAUCUUCUUCUCCAAUUUUUUCAAUCAUUUCAACAAUUUCAACAAUCAAGAUUUGGUUUUUACAGUUUCUUUGUAUUGAAACAAUAUAUUGAAAUCAAAUUCGGAUCAUCAUAGAUGUCAACGGUUGGAUCUUCAACAUCAUCAUACUGGUGCUACAGAUGCAACCGCUCCGUUAUCAUCCAAACCCACCUCCAAGAUUCAUCUUUAUCGUGCCCAGAUUGCACCGGAGGCUUCAUAGAACAGAUCCCCAGCCCGACCCGCUUACCCGGGAGCUUACCCGGGUCGGAUCUUUACCAAACCCGGUUUCCAGCAGCCGCCAUGUACAUGGGGUCGCAAAGCCCAGGUUCAAACCCUAGCCCGCCGGUGCUCCGGCGAGGUCGUCGGAACGCCGGUGACCGGUCGCCGUUUAACCCGGUUAUUGUCCUCCGUGGGCCCAGUACCACACCGGAAGAAUCUGGAACAACGAAUGAGGAUUCCGGGUCGGGUCGGGUUGGUACCGGGUUUGAGUUGUUUUAUGAUGAUGGGUCUGGGUCGGGUUUGCGGCCGUUGCCGGCGAGUAUGUCGGAGUUUUUACUCGGGUCGGGUUUUGAUAGGUUAUUGGAUCAGUUGGCCCAAAUAGAGGGUAAUGGGCUUGGUAGGAUUGAUAAUAAUCCACCUGCUUCAAAGGCUGCUAUUGAAGCAAUGCCCACUAUUGAGAUUGAGGAAAGUCAUGUUGUGGUUGAGUCUUAUUGUGCUGUGUGUAAAGAGCCUUUUGAGUUAGGCUCAGAAGCUAAAGAAAUGCCUUGUGAACAUUUGUACCAUCCGGAUUGCAUCCUUCCGUGGCUCGCGUUGCGUAAUUCGUGCCCUGUUUGUAGGCACGAAUUACCGACGGAUGCGUCGAGCCCGGUUGGGGGUCAUGGGGGUGGUAGUGUUAAUAACCAAUCGGGUAACGAAGAGGAAGCGGCGGGGUUGACUAUAUGGAGAUUACCCGGGGGUGGGUUUGCGGUUGGUAGGUUUUCGGGUGGGAGGCGAGGCGGUGAGAGGGAAUUACCGGUUGUUUUUACGGAAAUGGAUGGUGGGUUUAACCAUAAUGGGGUGCCGAGGCGAAUACAAUGGGCUUCGAGUCGGAAUGUAUCGAGAGAACGAAAUGGGUUGAGUCGGGUUUUACGUAAUUUGUUUUCGUGUUUCGGAGGUGGGUUUUCGAGAAAUGGGAGGCGGGCUUUGGCUUCGAGUUCAAGCUCUAGUUCGGAUGAUCGGGUUAGCCAAAGAAGUAGAUCAAUGUCGUCUAGACGAAUGGCGGUAGCGUUUGAUGCACAUAAUGAGCCAAGGAGAUGGUGAAAAUUGGUUAAUUUGGUUAAGGCUCAAUGUAUAUAUCAAAACUUGAUGAGAUUACAACAUAUGGAUCUUUAUAAUACUUGCAUUUUUUUUUCUUAGUGUAGGUUAAUUUUUGUUCAAUAUGUCAAGAUAUUGUUUUUGUUUUGAAAAAUUUUAUAAAUUGAAUUUAACUGAUGACUUCUUGUUA